AUGAAAGCUCAUCAGACGUGAGCACUGGUCGUUGCCAAAAGGGCUCUUUCCUUCCAAUUUCUCAAUCUCAUGUUUCUCCCCCAAAUUUUCCUCCAAGAUGGUCUCUUUCUGCCCAAAGAUCCCUCUUUGCGGUGCAAAAUGUUUUCAAUUCCUCAAAUCCGGUCAGGAUUUUGACUUUAGGGUUUGCUUGAAUUUGGGAAUUUGUUGAUUUUUCUUUAUAUACUAGCAUUCAUAUUGUGCUUAUGCGACGCUCCUUGAAAAACUUGGAGAAAUCUUGUUGCUUGUUGUUGAAUGUAUGAAGUGGAAAAACAGAGUUAGGGUUUGGAUUCUGUGAUUGAUGAUGAUGGGCAAGUGAAGCUCUCAAUUUUUUGUGCAAUCAUUAUGGUUGGGAUUAGAGACUUAAGUUCAUUGCCGGGACCGAAAGAUAGCAGUUCAAAUGACAAUGAAUAUCUGAAAAAUACAAUUGUGAUGGUGAGAAAUGGGGUUCGGAAUACAAGCCCAUCUCGACAAAAAGUUAUCAAGACAAAGCCUCGAGGUUUCGAUGAAGAGACGGUUGCAACAUUUAGCAAAAUCAUUCACCCCGAUGUCCAAAUGGAGGAUAGCAUAUGGGGUUUAUUGCCGGAGGAUUUGUUGAAUGAGGUUCUUGCUCGCGUUCCUCCUUUCUUGCUCUUUAGGCUGAGAUCGGUUUGCAAGAGGUGGAAUUCCGUUCUCUAUGAUUCUAGUUUUCUCAAAUUUCAUUCCCAAGUUCCGUCCCAUGGACCUUGUCUUCUCACAUUUUGGAAGAAUGCGCAAACUCAUCAGUGUUCGGUUUUCAGCUUACCAUUGAAAACAUGGUAUAAGAUCCCUUUCGGUUUUCUACCCGACUGGGCAUUUUGGUUGGUUGGAUCCUCCGGCGGGCUUGUUUGUUUCUCUGGAUUCGAUGGGCUUAGCUUCAAAACCUUGGUAUGCAAUCCCCUAACUCAAGCCUGGAGGGUUUUACCGAGCAUGCACUAUAAUCAGCAGAGGCAACUGGUUAUGGUUGUUAAUAGGACAGACCGAUCAUUCAAAGUGAUCGCGGCAAGUGAUAUAUAUGGUGAUAAAACAUUGCCUACUGAAGUGUACGAUUCGAAACUUGAUCGGUGGUCUCUUCAUCAGAUAAUGCCUGCUGUAAAUCUAUGUUCGUCGAAGAUGGCAUUUUGUGACUCAAGACUGUAUUUAGAGACUCUCUCACCGCUUGGUUUGAUGAUGUACAAGGUGGAUACAGGGCAGUGGGAGCACAUUCCGGCCAAGUUUCCAAGGUCAUUACUGGAUGGUUAUUUAGUUGCUGGCGCGCAAAAGCGCUUGUUUUUGGUUGGAAGGAUUGGGCUGUACAGCACACUUCAGAGCAUGAGGAUUUGGGAGUUGGAUCAUGCAAAGACGGUAUGGGUAGAAAUAAGUAAGAUGCCGCCAAAGUACUUCAGGGCACUCUUGAGAUUGUCGGCCGAAAGAUUUGAAUGUUUUGGACAAGAUAACUUGAUAUGUUUUACAUCAUGGAACCAAGGAAAAGGUCUGCUGUAUGAUGUCGAUAGAAAAGUCUGGUCUUGGAUAGCCGGCUGCGCACUCCAGUUGUGUAAUAGUCAGGUUUGCUUUUACGAGCCAAGAUUUGAUACUUCCAUCAACUGAAAAUGUUGCUUGAGGGGCAUAUUGUAAGAAAAGUCUUCAAACCGAAGCUGCUGUCCAUUUUUUUAACUUUUCAGAACAAGAACAAGAUUCGGCAAAGUUUCAUUUUUGUGAAGUUGUGCUUUGGUUACUACACACAUGGAGUCUUUCUUUCGCGUUCUAUUUAUCUGUGAGACGAGCUGCCAAAAAGCAGAACAACAUUGCUGUGAUUUGUUCGUCGUUGAUCAAAUCUAAUCUUAGCAAAAAGCCUUUUUCAUGUGAAGAGCCGGCCAACCGCUGCAACUUCAUUUUGUUCGACUGUGUCUGCUGGCGAACAGCGAUGGAGGUGAUGUGGGAUUCUUUUAACAUUCAGUGUAUGAAUUGAGACUUGUGUGCAACCUGCUGAAUUGUUUCUUUCAAACUGUUUUUUACCCACACAUGGAAAGACUUCAAUGACAUUUUUCUUCAGCAUUUGUAGUUAUGAACUGUCAGCUGAUAAAUUGUUUUGUGGGUUUUAGGUACAUCAAUGUUUUGCUGUAAAAGUUGUUCAUCUUCUGAAAAAUAACUGAAUUAUUUGAAGUGAAGUUCAUGA